GCGAAUUACAAGAGCGGUCCACGAACUUUCCCGAUAGAGGCGUGGCGAUCACCUCACACUUGUUAGCAUGUAAACAUGGGAGCCUUCCUAUCUUUCGUAGAAUCUAAUCUUUGCCUCGGGGCAAAGCUGAGGGAAGGAGAAAUCUUCAGAGUGAGAGCUUGGCAGGUUUUCUGGUCGGCCUGAGCCAGCUUGGGCCUUGGUCGAGGAAGAGACAUCCGUGCAAGACGAAGGCUGGGCUUUGUCUCAGCUCCUCCCUAGAUCCACGGAGAGAUUGGUUCUGUAAGACUCGAAAUGAGUGAUGAAGACGAGAUCGCAAGUCUUGUUUUAGACAAUGGUUCGGGCUCGUGCAAGGCUGGUUUCGCUGGUGACGACGACCCGAGGACUGUUGUGCCCGCCGUCGUGGGCAGGACUCGGAAGGUCCGAAAGGAGGUUGCAAGACGUAUAUGUUGGUAAAGAAGCCCAAAGCAAGCGUAAUAUUCUCGUCCUGGAAUACCCCAUCGAACACGGCAUCGUCACCAACUGGGACGACAUGGAAAAGAUCUGGCACCACACCUACAACGAGCUCCGUGUCGCUCCCGAGGAACACCCUGUCCUGCUCACCGAGGCUCCCCUCAACCCCAAGGCCAACCGUGAGAAGAUGGCGCAGGUCAUGUUCGAGACCUUCAACUGCCCUGCCAUGCAUGUUGCCAACCAAGCACUGUUGAACACAUAUUAUGCCGGUCGAUCAGCCGCUGUAGUUGUGGACUGUGGUGACGGCGUGACUCAUGUCAUGCCAUUGCACAAUGGAUAUACCACUCCAGGGGCGAUCCAGCGUCUUGAUCUGGCCGGACGUGACCUGACGCAUCACUUGAUGGGACUCCUGUCUGAACGCGACUAUGCUUUCGUCACCGCCGCCGAACGAGAAAUCGUCCGUGACGUCAAAGAGAAGCUGUGCUACGUUGCCCUCGACUUCGAGCAGGAGAUGGCAAUGGCCGCCUCCUCCUCUCUCAAGAGGUCUUACGAGCUUCCCGACGGACAGGUUAUUUCCAUCGGCAACGAGAGGUUCCGCUGCCCCGAGGCCAUGUUCCAGCCUUCCCUCCUCAGCUCGAAAAUCUGCGGAAUCCAUGAAGCUGUUUACAAUUCCAUCAUGAAUUGCGACAUCGACCUUCGAGGGGAUUUGUACUGCGGCAUUAUCCUCACAGGCGGGACGACCCUCAUCCCCGGAUUCGCCGAGAGGAUGAGGAAGGAAAUCACUGCAUUGACGCCGAGUGGAAUCCGCGUGCGGGUUCAUGCGCGCGACGAGCGCGGGUUCGGCGCGUGGAUCGGGGGCUCUAUUUUGGCUUCGCUUUCAACCUUUCAGAAACUUUGGGUCAGUAAGGGCGAUUACGACGAGAUUGGGCCGUCCGUUAUUGACAUCAAAGGUUUAUAAACGUGAACAACCAUAACAAAUGCUAUGAAUUUUAUCUCCGUUGUUUGAACAUUCAUUA